CGUCGCUUUGAAUGUAAGUGACCAUAUAAACGUAGAAACGUUAGAACGUAGUGAUUAUAUGCUCUUUGUAAGUGACAAGACGUCUGCUUUGACAGUUCUCAUGUUAUUUGAUGUUCGUAAUGUUAUUUUUGUGCUUGUAAACAAAAUUUAGACUAUUUAUUCAUCAAAUACACAAAACAGGAGGAACUAAAGUACCAAAGCCUAGACUAGAGGGCGUAGCAAUUAUGGAGACUUUGCUUGGUGCAGUGGGUCCCGACAUGAGUCCGGUUUCCGGGUCUUCGGUGGCUGCAGGAGUUAUGGCGACUUCAGCUCCUCUGAUACCGGCCAAGGUAUCAUCAGAAGUGCGAGUGAAACAACAAGUGUCCGCUCCCAGUUACUUCGCGUCGCUCAGUGAAAAUGCAGCACCUCCGUUCCGACGCCCGGGCAAGGAGGCGCGCCCGAGGAUUCUCAUAGGCACCAUAAUGAGCGAGCAGGAGGCUAUACAGAUGGUGGCGGCGGCUGACGCCCCACACGGACUUUGGAAGUAUAUCUAUAACUUUGUAGUGGAAAAAAAUGUUACAGAAAACUUUAAUCUGUCCGAGCGUCAGUUCCUUACGAGUCUCGUGUGCGAGGUGACGGACUACGCUGCGCAGCGUGACUUCACCGCCUUCAAGCUGGCGUUACUCAUCACGCUGUACCUCGACACGCACAAGUACUUCAAGUGGUACUACUGGCUGUCUCCGAGCGAGCUGUGGACGUACUUCGUGGAGAACCUGAUAAGACACACCAUCGAGGACUCCCCCGACGGACAGGAAGCGUUCGAGCCUGACGAGAGCUACGACAUCCUGACGCACUUCCACGCCGCGUACGUGAGCAACCUGCCGCUCGUGCACAUAGCCACCUUCGGCGCCACCCGCCUGCGGCUCAGCUGGCCCUUCAAACCCAAGUAGCAGAGGGUGCCAAAGCGAGGAAAACGCCACACACCGCGAGCCAGGAACAGAUUUCGAUGACCAUCAUCGCCUCAUCAGAUAGUUUGACGCUGUAACUCCCAAGGGAAUUAUAGCUUUUUAUUUCACAAUCCAUAACUGCAGCGGGAACAAUACAUGCCUUUGUCCUUCAGUAUACCUGCAUGCAAUAAUUUCGAGCAAGUGUGAUGAAAAAUAUCUCCUUUUCCCUUUAUGUAUUAAUGUACAACAUUACCUAGUCGUUUUUGAUGAGAUGUACAGUCAUCUGUGAUGCGCGCAAAAGGGUGUCAUUUAGGAUGCGCUUCCACCAAAGAUGAGCAAGGAUGCGUAGAGAGGGCUGUUUAUUAUGAACCAUUAAAAUCACUUUAUUUACCUAUUCUCGCUCAGCACAGCUCUAGUGGACGAUAUCCUAUUAGUUUAUAACAAAAUAUUGCUUACUAUGCAUCUUCGCACAUUUCUGGUGAAAACGCAGCCUAAUUCAACCUUUGUUGUAUAUUAUUUUAGGCUGCAUAAUAAGGCAUACAGUACUACAGUGUGUAUUGUGAAUUUUGGCAAU